AUGGUUUAUAGAUUGAAGGAGAGAGAUGUAUGGCUAUCGGAGAGGUUUUCGCAGCCAUAUCACUACGAUGAACACGGCCGCUGGGGGUAUUUGGGGGCAACUUACGGCACUCAACAGCGCAUGUUGCCUUCACUAGACUACAUAUGUGUAGGUGAUCAGGGCGCGCUGGAUCAAGGGCAAUCCCGUGCAACAACGCAACUUUUGAAAGCCGUCGUGAAAAAUGUGUCAGCUAAGCUGUAUGCCCUCUACAAAAUGCCUAGACGACAAAGCAGUCUCUCACUCCAACCUGUCUUCACCAACACGGACUCGCAGCAGCCUACCGUCCAAGCUAACCCCUCAGCUAACUCUCUUCUUCAACCCACCGCACGAGGCGACCAGGCCAGCAAAAAUUGCGCCAGCGAAGCAGCCGAGGCCAACCUCGAACCCAGACCGGUCCGCACUGUGCAAUGCGCUGAUCACAGGUUGGUCGACCGACUUCUUGAGCUCGGUGACCCUGACAAGAGCUGGCGACUCUUUAUAGGGAGGGGCUUGGUUAGUCAGCGGGGCUCGGCGUUGCUGUGGCCGUUUUGCAGUGAAGGAAGAAGGAACGAAGGGUCCCCUCGGGCCGAACGCUACGGUAUCACUGGGGGCUUUACCUGCUUCUUCCCAAGCCUAAUGCAAAUGGACGUCAUCGCUUUGAGGAAUAGCAAACUUGAAAUCAAUCGCCAUAUCAGCCCAAUCCAUCAACGUUACACAAGGCUAUAUACAGGAUUCGGCUCGAAUGUAUGUUUUUGGAGCUAUGAACCAAUCCAAAACAUUCCGAACACAUGGCUCCUUUUUAGAAUACAAGAGGAGACUGCCCGUAUUUUCACACAAAGUCGCAAAAGUCUAGAAGAGGUUACUUCUGAUUCGGCUUAUUCCGAACACUACCACUGUGGUGAUGGAAAUCUGUAUCUAGAACUGGGUCAAUCUACACUACUCAUUCCGUCUCUGCUCAUUCCUCUGAGUAUAAAUUCACAAAAACUCUCAAAUCUCCUAGUUAAUUCCAAAGAGGCAGCCCGGCUAGUUAAGUGGCAUUCUUUUUUUUACCGAUUGAUAGAUGGUGUGUGGGUUAACUUGGUGCCCUCUUGGAUAUUUGUUGAUAUGUCACUGACCAGGUGUUAUUUUUCUUGGGUUAAUAAUGGGAACCUAGAAUUUCUUAGUCAAAGGAAACAUAGCGUGCCGGAGGCCAGGGUAGUCAACGGAACGUACUACGAACGGCACGUUUCACUAUGUAACUUUGUGAGCCGCUUCUUAUAG